UCCGCUUGGCUGGGUGGAUGUGGACCGGCCGAGCGUGUGACGCCGGUACUGUCAUGUGAUUCGGUUUCCCGGCAGUUUGGCCAUUUCUGGUUGUCAGGUCUGGAAACGGCUUGAGGUAGACGCAUUCACUGAAUUCGUAGUCGGUUCUCGUUUCAAACAGUGUCCCCUAUGAGAGUGUCCGAACGUCGGAGUGUGACUGACCAGCUCUUCAGCUGAUGCCCGAGCGUCUGAGUGUCACCAGCCUUUUCCAUUUUCUAUUGCGGCCUGAAAUAGGUGAUGAAGGAGCCGCGCUUAGGAAGCUUGUGAUUUCAAAUAAACCUGUUGGACUAUAACUUGGUGGUGUAUUGUGACAUCUGACUUUUGUCAACUUCGGCAGUACUGGGACUACAGAGAACAACAGGAGGAAGUCAUUAAGGCGCUCCAAUUUGUUUCGUAGUUCGGCGCCUGACUCUGUCAGCACCGCCUUUCACCACAGCCUUCAAUUCCAUUUACCAACAACUGUUUCAACAUUUACUUUGAAGAGAGUGGACAAAGUGAAUCACAGCUUCAAGAUCAACUGCCUCGUCAUCAUGUUCCCACAACAUUAUGAAGCAGAAAAAUAUGCUCUCCGUCCGGGAAGCAAAAGAAAGGAGCUAGCAAAGUUUCCAACUGUGACUAAACCAAGAAUGCUUGCAGUUAAUGUAAUUAAAAAUGGAGCAAUCUUUCUUGGUGUCAUUUUAGUUGUUGUAAUUACGUACCACAGUUAUUAUACUCUACGGUCUCCAGUGAUUUUUAAGCGUGUUAACAUGGGAAUGUCUAAAUUAGAUUUAUUGUGGCAAUAUCCUCAUGAUAAAAGCAGAACAGAGACUUCAGAAAUACUGAACAAUCUAUCAUUGACUCUAAGUCAUCACAGUGACUCUCAGUGUGAUAUUGAUCUGAAUAGUAGGUUCGAUUGUGCUUUCAAUGAAGCGGUUGACAUGAUGAAAUGUCAGGCUCGUGGCUGCUGUUGGAAUCCAGCAGCCAAUGCUGAUUCCCCACACUGUUUCUUGCCAUCAAAGUAUCCUUCUUACCACAUGGAUUACCUUUCCCCAACCAGUACUGGCUACACAGCCUCACUGAGUCGCAGCGAGAAGACAUUGUUUCCGAAUGACAUAAUGACGCUUCAAUUGAAUGUGAUGUAUGAGACAUCUGGCAGACUUCAUUUUACUCUUAAGGAUCCAAGAAGUAAACGGUAUGAGGUUCCUAUUGAUGUCCCUAACAUCACUGAGAAAGCUUCAACACAACUCUACACUGUUAGAUUUUCAUCCAGACCUUUUGGCAUCAUUGUACAGAGGAAAUCAAAUGGUCUGGUUCUCCUGAACACAACAGUAGGGCCAUUGUUUUAUGCUGAUCAAUUUCUGCAGAUCUCCACCUCCCUGGCCUCAAAGUACAUCUCUGGUCUAGGAGAGCACAUGACAAAUCUGAUUCUUGAUCUCAACUGGACCCAACUAACGCACUGGAACAGAGAUCAAGGACCUCAUCCAAAUGCUAAUUUAUACGGCUCACACCCUUUCUACUUGGUGUUGGAAGAGGAUGGAAAAGCUCAUGGUGUUUUCCUGUUCAACAGUAAUGCCAAGGAUGUAUUACUUCAGCCAACCCCUGCUCUAACCUGGAGAACGAUUGGAGGAAUCUUUGAUUUUUAUGUGUUCUUGGGUCCAGAUCCAAAAACAGUGAUAAGACAGUACAUGGAUGUUAUUGGUUAUCCUGUAAUGCCUCCAUACUGGAGUCUGGGAUUUCAUCUGUGCCAGUAUGGUUACUUGAGCACCAACGUCACCCGACAAGUUGUGGCAAACAUGAGCAGAGCCAACAUGCCUCAGGAUGUACAAUGGAAUGACCUCGAUUAUAUGGAUAAAAGAAAGGACUUCACUUACAACUUACAGUACUAUGGGGACUACCCACAGAUGGUAAAGGAGUUCCACCAGAAGGGGUUGAAGUAUGUCAUGAUUGUGGACCCAGGAAUCAGCAGUACACAGGCAGCAGGGACGUACAAGCCGUAUGAUGACGGUGUGAAGAGAGGUGUUUUCAUUAAAAAUGAAACUGGUCAACCAUUGAUCGGAAAGGUUUGGCCUGGUCCAACUGCUUUCCCAGAUUUUACAAACCCAGAGACCCAUGCCUGGUGGUACGAAAAUAUUAAAGAGUUUCAUGAUAAAGUUCCCUUUGAUGGGAUGUGGAUCGAUAUGAAUGAACCAUCGAACUUUGUUACUGGUGCUAUAAGUGGUUGUCCAAACAACAAUUUAGAAUAUCCUCCUUAUGUACCAGGUGUGACUGGCAGAAAUCUCACGUCCCGAACUGUGUGUAUGUCUGGAGAGCAGCAUUUGUCAUCACAUUAUAACCUCCACAACCUAUAUGGGUUGACUGAGGCCAUUGCUUCCUAUGAUGCUCUGACCAAGGUGACAGGAAAACGUCCAUUUGUGAUAUCACGGUCCACGUUCCCCAGUCAUGGUCGUUAUGCUGGACACUGGACUGGGGACAUCUCAAGUGCUUGGAAUGACAUGUAUUAUACUAUCCCAGCUAUAAUGCUGUUCAACAUGUUCGGGGUUCCCCUUGUUGGAGCUGAUGUCUGUGGUUUCCGUUGGCCCACCACUGAAGAACUCUGUGUGCGUUGGAUGCAACUUGGAUCAUUCUACCCAUUUAUGCGGAAUCACAAUGCCCUGCAUCAGCCGCCUCAGGAACCAUAUAUUUUCAGUGAAUCAGCACAAUCAGCAAUGCGGAAAGCCCUCUUCAAUAGAUAUAUGCUGCUACCUUUCCUCUACACGCUCUUCCAUAAAGCCCACGCUGCUGGAGAAAUGGUUGUUCGGCCACUGUCAUUUGAAUUCCCUCAGGAUCCAAACACACGAGGCAUUGAUCGUCAGUUCAUGUGGGGUGAUGCCCUUCUCAUCACUCCAGUUUUGGAAUCUAAAACAGUUGAGGUGUCUGGCUAUUUUCCUGCAGCAACAUGGUACAAUCUAUAUGAUGGUUCUUCAAUUCGUAGUAAAGGUCAGUAUGUUACACUACAGGCGCCCUUGGAUACAAUAAAUGUUCAUGUACGAGAAGGCUGCAUUGUGCCUAUGCAGGAGCCGAACACUACAACUGCUGUGUCUCGUGGAAACCCAUUUGGUCUGAUGGUGGCACUCUCUGAUCAGGGAUUUGCUAGGGGGGAUCUCUUCUGGGAUGAUGGUGAUAGUCUGCUGAGUUAUGAAAAUGGUGAUUAUACGGAAAUUAUCUUCCUGGCAAAAAAUAAUAUACUGUUCAGUGAAAUAAUCCAUUUGAACAGCCAGAUUGACGGCCUGAAACUGAGCAGCAUUUUCAUCUUUGGACUUCCAUCUGUCCCACGGAAAGUUUCUGUUAAUGGAUUCUGGAUCACAGACUUCUCCUACAGAACAGACACACAGGUGAUGACUUUGCAGAAUCUGUCUAUUCUUGCGGGAGAGCCAUUUACAAUUACAUGGAUCUGAAGAAAGUGAUGUAAAAUCUGCUACCAAGAAAGCCUUCAGAAAAUAAUAGAUUAUGCUCAUAAAACAGUGGUAAAGAAGGAAUGUCAAUUCUAGUUAUUAACUUGACAAAAUGUGCUGUAUAUCAUUUGAAAUUCUGUUAAUGAUGAAAAAUUAUUUUGUGCUUGAACUGAAAUCUGAUUAAACUGUGUUGAAUAUUUUGGAUGGAUGGAGGUAUGGGUAGGGAAGGGGCUUGAAGGCUAGUGUUCUUUGAAGAAUAGUGACAAUCACAAAGGCACUCUGAAGUGUUACAACUACGCGAAAAGGCCCACUCUGUUAACUGCCUACGACAGACUCAUUGACCCUUUUGCACCACUGAUGUUUUUGCUGUUGUCUCUUGCACAUUCACAAGGAUUGCUGUUUUCUUUGCCCACUCUGAUGCUUCCCUGAAUGCCUUGGGGAAAAAUGUGAAUAGAUCUGGAGACUAUUUCUUAAUGUUUCAGCUGCAGAAAGGAUGUUUGGGGACUCGUCACAGUUGCAGAAAGGAUGUUUGGGAACUCGUCAACUGAGGUAGUAUGGGCUGAGCUUAGAAACAGGAAAGGAGAGCUCACCCUGUUGGGAGUUUUCUAUAGGCCUCCAAAUAGCUCCAGAGAUAUAGAGGAAAGGAUAGCAAAGAUGAUUCUCGAUAGGAGUGAGAGAAACAGGGUAGUUGUCAUGGGGGAUUUCACCUUUCCAAAUAUUGACUGGGAACGCUAUAGUUCGAGUAUUAUAGAUGGGUCAGUUUUUGUCCAGUGUGUGCAAGAGGGCUUCCUGACACAGUAUGUAGAUAGGCCAAUAAGGGGCGAAGCCACAUUAGAUUUGGUACUGGGUAAUGAGCCUGGCCAGGUGUUAAAUUUGGAAGUAGGUGAGCACUUUGGUGAUAGCGAUCAUAAAUCUGUUAUGUUUACUUUAGUGAUGGAAAGGGAUAGGUGUAUACCACUGGGCAAGAGUUAUAGCUGGGGGAAAGGCAAUUACGAUGAGAUUAGGCAAGAUUUAGGGAGCAUAGGAUGGGGAAGGAAACUGCAGGGGAUAGGCACAUUGGAAAUGUGGAGCUUAUUCAAGGAAAAGCUCCUGUGCGUCCUAGAUAAGUAUGUACCUCUCAGGCAGGGAGGAAGCUGUAGAGUGCGGGAGCUGUGGUUUACAAAGGAGGUGGAAUCUCUGGUCAAGAGGAAGAAGAAGGCUUAUGUUAGGAUGAGAUGUGAAGGCUGAGUUAGGGCACUUGAGGGCUACGAGGUAGCCAGGAAAGACCUAAAGAGAGAGCUCAGAAGAGCCAGGAGGAGGCAUAAGAAGUUGUUGGCGGAUAGGAUCAGGGUAAACCCUAGGGCUUUCUGUAGGUAUUUAAGGAAUAAAAGAAUGACAAAAGUAAGAUUAGGCUCAAUCAAGGAUAGUAGUGGGAAGUUGUAUGUGGAGUCAGAGGAGAUGGGGGAAGCACUAAAUGAAUAUUUUUCAACAGUAUUCACUUGAGAAAACGACAAUGUCGUCGAGGAGAAUACUGAGAUACAGGCUACUAGACUAGGUGGGAUUGAGGUUCACAAGGAAGAGGUAUUAGAAAUCCUACAGAGGGUGAAGAUAGAUAAGUCCCCUGGGCCGGAUGGGAUUUAUCCUAGGAUCCUGUGGGAAGCCAGGGAGGAGAUUGCCGAGCCUUUGGCAUUGAUCUUUAACUCAUCGUUGUCUACAGGAAUAGUGCCAGAUGACUGGAGGAUAGCAAAUGUGGUCCCCCUGUUCAAGAAGGGGAAUAGAGACAACCCUGGUAAUUAUAGACCAGUGAGCCUUACCUCAGUUGUUGGUAAAGUGUUGGAAAAGGUUAUAAGGGAUAGGAUUUAUAAUCAUCCACAAAAUAAUAAUUUGAUUAGGGAUAGUCAGCAUGGUUUUGUGAAGGGAAGGUCGUGCCUCACAAAUCUUAUUGAGUUCUUUGAGAAGGUGACCAAACAGGUAGAUGAGAGUAAACUGGUUGAUGUGGUGUAUAUGGAUUUCAACAAGGCGUUCGAUAAGGUUCCCCACAGUAGGCUAUUGUACAAAAUGCGGAGGAAUGGGAUUGUGGGAGAUAUAGCAGUUUGGAUCAGAAAUUGGCUUGCUGAAAGAAGACAGAGGGUGGUAGUUGAUGGGAAAUUUUCAUCCUGGAGACCAGUUACUUGUGGUGUACCGCAAGGGUCGGUAUUGGGUCCACUGCUGUUUGUCAUUUUUAUAAAUGACCUGGAUGAGGGCGUAGAAGGAUGGGUUAGUAAAUUUGCAGAAAACACUAAGGUCGGUGGAGUUGUGGAUAGUGACGAAGGAUGCUGUAGGUUGCAGAGAGACAUGGAUAAGCUGCAGAGCUGGGCUGAGAGGUGGCAAAUGGAGUUUAAUGCGGACAAGUGUGAUGUGAUGCACUUUGGUAGGAGUAACCGGAAUGCAAAGUACUGGGCUAAUGGUAAGAUUCUU